AUGAAACUCUACAUCAAAGAACAAUUGCGUAAGAUUAGAUAUCUCGAAACAACUGACAUGAAACCGUCCUCUCAACUGGUUAAGACAAAGGGUCAUCCGAAGAAAUUGAAGCCUACACCGAAUGGCAACUUGACUACACGGUCUCCUUCUUAUUGUGAGCAUGUCAAUAAAAUUUUUCCCGACUCACCGACUCCUAAAUCUCAAAAAAGUUCAAAUAAAGGAGCUCGCAUAGGCAAACCACCUCCGAUACCUAUUCCACUAAAAAUUCCAAUUAUCGAAGAGGUGCAUAGUCCUUCAAAAAUUCCAUUAAUUGAAGAGAUGCCGAUUUUUAUGCACCCUUACAUCGAGCGGAUCAUAGAUGUUGCGGGGGAUGGUAAUUGUGGUUACCGAGUCGUCUCAACAUUGUUUUGUAAUGGAGAGGGUAACCAUACAGUUGUCCGUCAUCAACUCAUCCCGGAAAUGGGACAUCGUAUUGCAUGUGCCUAUGAUAUGGUGGGCAUUGACUUGACGCAUUAUGGUUUUUAUGAAACCUUUUUCCCACUCCGCACCGCACCGCCUACAAAUUCAAAUGAUCGCAUCAUGUGUAUUGGAUGGCAUUCAAAAGCGAGUCACUUUGUGCAAGUUUACUUGAAACCGGGAUGCCCCAAACCACCUACGUCACCGGAAUGGAUGCUUCAUCAUACCAAAGAUGUUGAGACGUGGCCGGAUUUUUUUGUUGAUAGGAUGCACGAAUUCGAAGGAUUGAAGAACAUCGAGAAGGAAACAAAUAAGGAAAAGUCAAAACUGAAACCACCAAUAGAUUUAGGUGGCGACAGUUCUUUUGAUGUAUUCUCUAGUUUCAAAGUGUAA